UUUAAAUACACUUCUCCUUCUCAAAAAAAAAAAAAAACACUAUUUUCGCUCUCUCUCUCUCUCUUUCUUUCUCCUGUAUAAAAAGUUAUUCUCUUCUAUACAUAUUUUCAGAAGAGCUACAACCUCAUUAAUCAGUGCAAUUAAACAACCAUGUCUGCAGAAUCAGCCACUGCAAUUCAAAGAAGCCAAGUUGAUCUUGUGGACUUCGUUGAUUGGUCUGGAGUUGAAUGCCUUAACCAAAACCCCAGUCACUCUCUUUCCAAUGCUCUCAAACAGGGUUAUAGGGAAGAUGAUGGUUUGAAUCUAGAGAGUGAUGCGGAUGAGCAGUUAUUGAUUUAUAUACCUUUCACCCAAGUUAUUAAACUGCACUCUAUUGUCAUUAAAGGUCCUGAAGAAGAAGGCCCUAAGACUGUAAAACUUUUCUCAAACAAAGAGCAUAUGGGAUUUAGUAAUGUCAAUGACUUCCCUCCUAGUGACACAGUAAUUUUAUCACCAGAUACUCUCCAGGGAAAACCAGUAGUUUUGAAGUAUGUUAAGUUUCAGAAUGUUCGUAGCUUGACAAUUUUUAUUGAGGAUAAUCACACGGGUUCUGAUAUCACCAAAGUCCAAAAGUUUGCACUGUUUGGGACGACAGUGGAAACAACCGACAUGAAGGGCUUGAAGAAGGUUGAGGAUCAUUGAGAGAAGGGUUAAAAGGGGUUGAAGUUUGCUUGGAAGCACUUUUAAUUGUCUUAUUUGUGUCUUCUGAUGUUUAAGCUAUAUACAGUAUUAAACAGUUCAGUGCAUGAAAGUUUCAUGGCUGUUAUUUCAAUCUCUGAUCCUGGAAAAUCAGAAAAAUUCCUAGAAUUCUGUCAAAUGGUUUUACCUGCAAAAUUGCAUCUGAGGUCACCUUUUGUUGAAGUA